UUCACACCAGUCAUUUUCCUUCCUGAAAGUUUUUAGACUGUUGCACGCAUUCAACAUGAGAGAGAAAGCAACGGGCUUUUGGGCAUGCAGGGCUGGGCCACUCCCCCUGAUUCUGUGGUUUCUAUGAUCUGUUGAGAAAGGUUCGUCCCCACUUCCUCUAGUAGACCUUACUCUGCUGCAAAGUGAUUCUCAGCUGUACUGGUUACUGCAAUGAAUGGUGACACUAUCCAUCAGGCGACGACCACAGCUUCCGUUGCAGCGUCGCAUGGCUGGAGGGAAUUCUGCGAGUUGCAUGCCAUUGCCACAGCCCGGGAACUAGCCAACCACUACCGUAAAUUUGCCAGGGAGCGGCCAGAGCACGAUGUCAUCCCACCGGACAGCUUCUCCAAGCAGUUCAGCGAGCUGUUCCAGCAGCACUUCCACAGCGAGGUGGCCGAAAAGAUCCCUGCAUCGGCCCCUUCGCCCAUGAUGGGCCGGCUCCGCAUCACCACCUUCCCCGGGGCGCUGGACUACCGGGAGGCGGGCCAGCCUGGCGCCCCGGCUCUGUUCACUGUGCUGGCCCCAAAGCCGAAGCCCGUGGUGGUGGAGCAGCCACCUCGGUGCUCGGCAGCCAAUCCGGGGGUGCGAGCUCGAGCUCCCGUCCUGAGCCACAGCCAGGAGGAAGUGUCUGUGUUGGAGCGCCGGCCUGCGUCUGAACGGUACACCCCCACCUCACCCUCCUCCUCCGCUGCUGCUGACGUCACGCACUUCUCUGUCAGCCAGAUCAGGCAGAGCGUGUGCUGUCUUCUUAAGGAACUCCUGCCGCCACCUCAGGGCCUGCUGCCGAGCGGGCCGGGGGACAGGGGAACGGGAGGGACUCUGGACGAAGUGACAGCCUUAUCGUUGUCAGCGCUGACUGAGAACCCCUCCCCCGAGACCACUCCCUCUGCCUCAUCCAUGGCGGCCCACCUCCUAGACCGGCUGGCCAGGAGGUUUGGCAUUAGGCAGAGUGUGAAGCGCCGGCCGCAGGCUGCGGGCAGCUACAAAGAGGGGCAGCUGAGGUACCUGGUGGUUGACGACACUAUCUCGGACACGCAGCAUCGCUGGGAGCGCUGCCGCCUGCUGGUGAGGAAGAUCAGAGAGGGCCUGGCAGGAGAGAGGUUCCAGCUGGAGCUCUAUGACCCCCCCAAGGACUGCAGUCCCAAGCUGACAGCCCGUUGCGCAGACAUCCUGGAGAUCCGCCGCUGCAACCGCCUGGAGAUGCCCGACAACAUGAACACGUUUGUUUUAAAGGUUAAUCACUAUCCAGGUAGUCUCGUAUUUGAGACGGAAGAUAACCAGCAAGUCAGCUCCUGGACCACCGAAAUUAAAGAAUGUAUCAACAACAGGUCUGGCAGCGUGGAUUUGGAGCUCCUAACCUACCCUGUGGACAAUGCUGCGGUGGCCAACCGGAGAGGGAGCUCCGAGUCAGGGAGUCAGGGAUCUGCGACCUUUGCCCUCUCGGAGCAGGUGUACCAUAAGACUGACCACUUCCUGUGUUCGUACCCCUGGUUCCACGGGCACAUCUCGCGGGUCAAAGCGGCCCACCUGGUCCAGAGCUCGGGCCUGGAGGGCCACGGAGUCUUCCUGGUGAGACAGAGUGAGACUCGCCGCGGAGACUACGUCCUCACCUUCAACUACCAGAGCAAGGCCAAGCACCUGCGUCUGUCUCUAACAGAGUGGGGCCAGUGUAGGGUGCAGCACCUGCGUUUCCCCUCCGUCAUGGACAUGCUCAGUCACUUUCGCCUCUACCCCAUACCCCUGGAGUGUGGCGCCGCCUGCGACGUCACCCUGUCCAGCUUCGUGGUGGCCAACUCCCAAGGUCAUAUUUCAGUGGCUGUUCUGGUUCCCUUCUCCCCGCACUGCUGGAGCUCCGAGCCCAGCCUGGCCCGCUCCAACCCAGCCACCUGCCCCAGCCUGCUCCCCUCAGCAGGCCCCUCUCUGGGCCCCCUGCCCCAGCCCGGACACCCUCAUUUACACACCACACCCCUCCCAGACCUCCCCACCUCGGGUUCCCUGCGUCAGAGCGAGUCAGUGGGCCGCAGACCCCUACUGCGUCACCCCAACCCCCACCCACCCUUUACUCAGCGGGACUCCGACUAUGAACUGGAGCCAGACAGGGGCCGCAAGCGGGCCAUCGACAACCAGUACAUGUUCCUCUGACCGGCCGACUCCCUUUCACAGCCAGCCCAGAGGUCACUCCAAGCGAGCGCCGGAUGGACUCAUGAGUGAACGUGUAUGCCCGAGUUGAGGUCUGUCUCGUGGGGUGGGUGACAGAGUUCGGACCCGAGUGUCCAUUAUGAAUGUAUUUUUGGGAAACUGUUUAAUAUUGUUAUGAUUAUUCUCAUUUUAUGAAGCGGAUGUAGUCGUUAUAAGGGAUGUUGCUAGAUGGGAGUGAGUGGCGCUGGUGUGGAAGGUCUUCCCUAAGGCAGGGGAGGGGGGCACCCUCACUGCCUCUCCCUCCCUCUUCAAUAGGGGUCUGUUUAAGGGCCUUGAAGCGUUAGACAACACUCCCUCCCCUCCCCUAUUCUAAUGUUGUAGAUACCCAGUGUAUUUCUGUAUUUGAAAUGCACACAUUCUGUACACAGUGUACUUUUUAAAACGUUGUGUAUUUUAAUUCGCAGACUAUUUUUGUAGGAAUAUCAAAGGUGUUGAAAAAGAAACCCCAAAAACUGAGGAGCCUUCCACGUAGGUUUGGUUCAGUCUCACUGUUGGCGAGACGGGGCUGAACAAGGGAGUUAACCCCGUAAAGAAAGGGGUUGGGAGGGGACACACCCUAGUCUAGAGUCCCUGUUCCCCUCCACAGCCUCGACGCUCAGGCCCGUGCACACUCAGGUUGUACAACUCAAGUACAACACAUUUCACAGAAUGUUCGUGAUAGUUUGUCUGUGUGCAAAACUCUGUUCUAUCGCAAGCAUUGUACCGGUAUUGUACAUCAUUGUACAACUUGAAUGUGUAUGAGGCAAAAUAUUAGCAGUUUCGUUUCCUAUUAGCAUUAACUUCUUUCAUCUUAACAUUGUUCUCUCCAUCUCUACGACUCAAGGACAAAGCUGGAUCUUCCUGGUCCAUUCUGAAGGCAUUUGUUUUUUGCUAGUUAAAUGUUUCCAAAUGCUACAUUUGAAUGUGUCUUCUAUGGCUUCUUAUUCAUUGACCUCUUGAAAGAGACAAACGUCACCAAAGAAAACGUGAGGAGAAGACUGCACUCCCAUGCUAUUACUAAGAACCCUUGUGUGCAUGGCCCCUUAACACCACAUUUUAUGUAAGCAACCUUUCUGGUGUACAAUUUUGUUUAUUAAUUAAACAUGUUGUGAAAAUGAUUCUUUAACAUACCAGUACCCGUCACUUUUCUGUACGUACAUCUUCUUCCCCUUGCCUAACACUAACUUAGCAGUGAAACCUUAGUCAUCAUCGAGUCGUACAGCUUAUCCUCUAGAAGUCCUGCAGUAUUUAUAAUUAUGUUUAUUUCUUAUCAUAGAAGGGCUUCCUGUUUUUACGAAAUGCACAAAGGCAGGUUGAUUUCCUUUUAAAUGAUCAGGAAAUCCACUUGCUAUGAAAGGAGAUUUGUCUUUUCAUUGCAUAACCCAGCUAAAAAUCUAUCAAGGAAUUUUACAAUGGUUUUUAAUCAGGUAUCUUCCAAUAUUGAAACUGACUUUGUCAAAUGUUUAGGUUGGAAAAAAGGUUAGACAAUUGCAGCCAAGUAUGGUUGGUCUCCUGUGCUUAAAUUGAAACUAAUCCCGAACCCCAAUCCCACAUCUGUUCUGCAAAUGCAAAAAGGAAAGCAACGGUAUCAUUGACUUAUCAGUCCCCCUCUGACCUGUAGCCAGAAAGACUGUGCCUUGCCUGAAAGCUGCUGUUGCUUUAUCCCUUUGAACCUCAGGGCGUGAUGUGUUAGAACUUAGUGCAAUAACUGAGAUAUUUCCAAUGCUUUAGCCUAUGGCACAUUGAACGCUUUAUAUUAUAGCUUAACCUGUACAUUGUCUUUGCACUCAAUCAUAUUGGGAAAACACACAUAACACCAAGAGUUCUGGCAAGCUUAGAGAGUGCAUUCCAUUACUGCAGACUGGUGUUGCUCACUCUUCACCUCCUGUCUGCACAUAUCAGGUUAGUUUUAUACUCCAAAUGGCCCCAAUGUACCUCAGGUCUUUGUAUUACAACAUUUGCUUACAUGCAUUUAUUUUGCCCUGUCAGUCAAGCCUUCUGACAUUGUUCAAGUUCAACUGAUUAAUGUAUAUGUCUUCUCAAUACUGUUGAUUCUCUUAUGUAUUAGCACUGUAAACAUUCCAUUCUCCAAGCUAAUUAAACCAAAGAUUUCCAUCUGUCCAUCUUUGAUUAAUUGUUACAUUUCCCUCAGUUAUAUGCAUUCUAAAUAAUCUCAACUGUAUAUUUGACUUUUGUAAAAUAAAGCUAACCAAAAGGUA